AUGUACGGCGAACGCGCGAUUGCGUCUCUUCGCCGCGGAUUUUGUCGAUUCUCGGCCCGCCGAAAGACCGAAGAAUCGGCAUCCGUCACCGUGUCGGCGUCCAGGAAGCUCGUUGGCGACCGCCUGAGGUCCGUUCAGUCCGUACGUGACGCGUCUCUGGAGUCUGCGUUGUUGGUGUCUAUGGCGAUUGGGAAGAGCCGAGAACACGUGGUUUUGAACCCUUCGUUGACGCUGUCCGAGCGGCAACGCGCCCGACUGAUGCGGCUGGUUCGCCUGCGUCAGGAAGAGAUGCCCAUGGCUUACAUUUGCGGCGUUCGGGAGUUUUGGGGUCUGGAGUUCGAAGUGAACCCGUCGACGCUCAUUCCGAGACCGGAAACCGAAACGUUGGUCUCGGCUGCUUUGCGGCUGGCGAAGCGUGGUGGAAAAAUAUUGGAUCUGGGGACGGGGACGGGAUGCGUCAUCCUCUCCAUCCUCAAGGAACUACGGCCGUGUCAGGGCGUCUCCGCACCCGGGAUGGACGGCCGUGUACGGGACGAUUGGAGGGGAUGCGCCGUGGACAUCAGCAAAGACGCCUUAAAUGUAGCGAAGAAAAAUGCUAAAAUUUUGGGUUUGAGCGACGCCGUUCAGUUCAUACACGCCGAUUGGACGUUCGAAACGGGCGGUCGCGCGCCCCCGCGCGUCCACCCGAGUCUUGGAGGUUUCGACAUCGUGGUGUCGAACCCGCCUUAUUUGACUCGCGAAGACUGGACGCGUCUCCCGAAGAGCGUGGCCGAUUACGAGCCAAAAGUGGCGCUUGAUGGAUCAGAGGACGGACUGAGGGCCUACCGGGCCCUAGCGCGGCAAGUUCCGUCCGUUCUGAAGGCGAAUGGACAUCUGGUUCUGGAGAUAGGCUCGUGGCAAGAAGAGGGCGUUCGCGAGCUAUUCAAAGGCGCGAUGCGUCACGAGGCGAGUAUCAGAGACCCGUGCGGACGCAUGAGAUGCCUGGUGUUUAAAAAAAUGUCUUAA